AAAAAAAUGCAAGACAAUUCACUGGUUGAAACUCUUCGUGGACAACUCAUUACUCUCCGAUCACAAAUUGAAAAUGAUCAAGUCCAUCAUGUUUAUUCCAAUGAUGAAUUUCCAUUUUCAAAACAAGAAGAAAAGAAAACAUCAUUAGGAAUUUUUCAACGCUUUUUAAAAUCAAAUUUUAAUUCUCCAAAUGAUUAUAUCAUGUUUUUAUCAUCAUCGGCUGGAUUUGCUUUGGAUUUUCAAGGUUUUUCCAAUGCUAAAAAAGUAGCCUCGGAAACACAAGUCGAGUUGAAGAGAAAAGUUGUGGAAUUGUUGGAAAAGAAGGAAGAUCCAAAGCCUGUCCUGAAUGAAUCUUUGGAUAAGGUCUAUGAUAGUUAUAAAAAGUGUUUGGCUUUGGGAGUUCAACGACAUUUAUGUGAUACGAUCAGUAAUUCAAUGACCUCAUCCUCAUCGGAUAAGAGUGAACCAGUGAAGUCCACUCCUCAGACUGCUGUUAAUGGGGCUACUAUUGAAAAAAGUAAUGUUUCAGAAAUUGUCAAUCAAGUAGCAACAGAAACUGAUAACAAUACAGAGGAAGAAUCUAGAAAAAUUAUGGAAAUUUAUGAGAAGGAAGUGGAAAUUAAAUCAAAUGUAAUUAUAUCAACAGCAAUGGUUUCGAUCAUGAUUCGUGGUGUGUAUGAUAUUGCAAGUCUUCACAAAAAGGUUUCAGAUUGUGUCAAGGUCUAUACAGAAACACAUGCCAAUUACAAAUCCAUACUUGACAAUACCAAAAUGGAUUUACUGUUUAUCAUUGAUGAUGUACUCGAUUUUAUGGAUAAGAAAACAUGGGAGCACUAUAAGAGAUUCAUUAGAAAUAUUGAGAGUGUGGAAAGAUGUCUCGAAAAGGAGAUAUUGUCCAUGAAGAAUGAAAUCUCCAAAUGCCAAUCUCACCAAAGAACAGCUAUUUUUUCAGGCAUUGAAGGCAGUGUUUCUCUAAUUUCAAAUAUUUACACUGGAAUUAAAUUCUGGGAAUCAAUGACCAGUUGGACUCGUGCCCUCACUCUUGGCUCAGUCCUUGUGAGUUCUGGAAAGUUAUAUCAGAGUGUGCAAUCCUAUAAUGUUUUACAGGAUUUAAUAGGUUCAUAUGAAGAAUCAUCUGAAAGUUUCAAAAACUACAAGCAAUCAUGCAUUCAACUGAGGGACAUUGUAGAUAAGCUUAAUUGAUUGGGUAAACAAUGGAAGGUAUCUAGCAUGUUCAAUACAUAAUCCUUAUUAUUACAUACAUUGGAUAUUUGGAAUCACCCCUUCGCAUCAUAUAAACAAGAUCCUUAUUGGC